AUGAUCGGAGGAGCAGAGGAAUGGGAAGUUGAAGAGAUUGUGAAAGAACAGAAGGUUGGCCAAGGGAAACAAUACUUGGUCAAAUGGAAGGAAUGGCUGCAUAGCAAGAACACCUGGGAACCAUCACAUCACCUUAUUCACGCGAAGAGAGUCCUGAAGGCUUGGCAGAGGAAACAAUCUGACCCAGACACACGCAUUUGCCUCCUGCCAACGCUCAAAGCCGGACACUGGGACUAUCUCAUCCAUUGCUACAAACCCAAAGACAAGCACCUCCCAUACCCCCAACAGCAACUGUUCGACCCUUACAAAAAUGUCUUCACACCCAUUGGCCCAGUUGAUGAGCACAUCGACCCUAGAGAGGGGGUAAUGUCAUAG